AUGACGUUUGUUUAUGGGGACCCUGUACUAGGAAGACGUGAACAAGUUUGGGAACGUCUUACGCGUUUUUCAACCACACGAAAUGGACCUUGGUUCAUGAUAGGAGACUUUAAUGAAAUCACAGGUCAUAAUGAGAAAGAAGGUGGGCGACAACGUCCCGAUAGCUCAUUCCUUCCCUUUAAGCAGAUGCUUAAUGACUGUGGGAUGUUAGAGUUUCCUUUUACGGGGAAUAUGCUCUCCUGGGUAGGGAAGAGAGCAGGAGGAGCAACUGUUCGAUGUCGUUUAGAUAGAGCAGUGGGCAAUGCAGACUGGCAUGAAAAGUUUCCUCACUCGACUGUGAAGUAUAUGAGGCUAUGGGGAUCGGACCAUCGUCCGAUCCUUGCAGACAUACUCAUAAAGCCAAUAAGGAGAUCGAAAAAGUUUAAGUUUGAUAAAAGAUGGCUGGAUGAUGACGAGCUAAGGCAAGUUAUUCUUGAUGGAUGGAAAUCUCCUGAUCUUCCUCCUAAUGCGACUAUUAUGGAACAUAUUUCCAGUUGUAGAAAAGCCUUGAGUGAAUGGAGGAGACAACAUAAUGUGAACUCGGCCAAAUUAGUGGAGGAGCUUAAGGAAAAAGUGGAGGGUCUGUAUGCUGAUGAUAAUGCAACAACUGAGGAAAUUGCAGCAGCGCUGAAGGAUCUCUCUGAUGCUCUUAAAGCAGAAGAAUUAUUCUGGAAACAGAAGAGUCGGGUGUUUUGGCUGAGGGAAGGGGACAGAAAUACAAAAUUUUUUCAUGCCUUAACAAAGCAAAGGAGAGCGAGAAAUAAGAUUACACAGCUCCUAGAUGCGAAUGGAGCCGUAGUUGAGGACGAAGAAGGAUUAGUAGCCAUUGCUACUAGUUACUUUAGACAGAUCUUUGAAUCAUCGGAUCCAGAAGACAUUGAAGAUGCACUUUCUCAGGUUCCAUCGACGAUCACUGGAGAUAUGAACGACAAUCUUACAGCCCCGGUUUCUGAAUGGGAGAUCAAACUAGCGCUCUUUGCUAUGCAUCCGGAAAAGGCCCCAGGUCCAGAUGGGAUGACUGCACUUUUCUAUCAGAAAUUCUGGGAUAUUGUAAAGGAGGAUUUAACUCUUAUGGUUAAUAAAUUCCUUUUUGAGGGGACGAUGGCGAAUGGACUGAAUGAUACAAAUAUAUGUCUUAUCCCGAAAACAACGAGGCCCAAUGAAAUGGCCCAGUUUAGACCCAUCAGCUUAUGUAACGUCAGUUACAAGAUAAUCUCUAAGGUCUUAUGCCAGAGAUUAAAGAAAGUGCUACCAGGACUGAUAUCGGAGACUCAGUCAGCCUUUGUUGCUGGGAGACAGAUCUCAGAUAACAUUAUGAUUGCUCAGGAGAUGUUCCAUGCUCUUAGAACUAAACCUAGUGGACGUAGUAAAAGGAUGGCUAUCAAGACAGAUAUGAGUAAGGCGUAUGAUAGGAUGGAAUGGUCCUUUAUUGAAGCUGUCAUGCGCAAAAUGGGGUUCUCAGAGAUAUGGAUUGCCUGGAUAAUGCGUUGUAUUACGUCGGUGAAAUAUAAGCGGAUUAAUGCGGCUACUAGACAACAGCUUAAAGAUGUGCUUGGAAUACAGAAUGAAGGAGGAAUGGGAACUUACCUUGGUAUCCCAGAAGACAUAAGUGGAUCUAAGUGCAAACUUUUUGCAUUUCUGAAAGAUAAGUUGAUGCAUAGAGUGAAUGGAUGGACAGGCAGAUGGCUCUCAAAAGGUGGAAAGGAAGUGUUGAUUAAAUCCAUUUUGCUUGCCCUACCGACGUACGUUAUGUCUACCUUUCUGCUCCCAUUAGAGAUUUGUGAAAAUCUUGCCAGUGCCAUUGCACAGUUCUGGUGGAGUUCAAAUCCACCAAAGAGAGGGAUACACUGGGCGAAGUGGGAGAAAGUUUGUUUACCAAGAGAGGAGGGUGGAAUUGGUUUCCGUAUGAUCCAUGAGUUCAAUCUGGCCCUGUUGGCUAAACAAUUAUGGAGGCUACUUCAGUUCCCUGAUUCCCUAGUUGCACGGGUUUUGAAGGGAAGAUACUAUAGAUUGAGCUCUCCACUAAGAGUGGAUACUGCUAACAACCCAUCCUAUGUGUGGACGAGCAUUAUUGCAGCCAGGAAAUUGUUACUACUAGGGAUCAGACAGAAAAUUCAUUCCGGAUAUGAAGUUAAGGUGUGGGGAGAUCCGUGGAUUCCAACGACCCCCGCGAGACCAGCUAACUCCAUAGCGCCAGUCAUGCACCCUAAUAUGCGAGUCAGCGAUCUUAUUGAUCAAGUAUCGAAGGAAUGGAAUAUUGGUCUAUUGGAGAGUUACGUCAUCCCUGAGGACAUACCUCUCAUAAGGAGUUUAGCCAUAAGCUCGACUCAUCGCCGAGAUACUUUCUGCUGGAACUACACAAAGAAUGGCCAAUAUACGGUUAAAUCUGGUUAUUGGGUGGCACAAAAUGUAUUAAAACCAGCAGCGGAGAAAGAAGUUAUAGAGCCGAGCAUCACAAAGCUCCAAGCCUUUGCUUGGAAGGUAGAGGCGCCAAAGAAGAUAUGUCAUCUUAUAUGGCAAUUGUUGACUGGUCAUGUGGCUGUAACGAGGAACUUGACAAGACGCAAUAUGAGGUGUGACAAUUACUGUCCAAGAUGCGGAGAAUUAGAGGAAACUGUGACCCAUGCAUUUUUUGAAUGUCCGCCAGCUCUUCAAGUCUGGUCAUUAUCAUCGACUCCAACAAGCCCUGAUAUAUUUCCGGUAUCAAGUGUCUACACAAAUAUGGAUUAUCUGUUUUGGAGGAAGAAUAGCAUCAUCGAGCCAGAAAGAGACAGGGAUCCUUAUCCCUGGAUAUUAUGGUACAUUUGGAAGGCUAGAAAUGACAAACUCUUCAGAGGAAUAGAUAGAGAUCCAUUGGAGCUAGUUCGACACGCAGAGAGUGAAUGUCAUGCAUGGUUUGAUGCUAAUGAAGCGGUGCAACUAGUGUUACAACCAGUGGUUCAAGCUAAUAUCCCUGGGAUAGCCCAAGUCAUACGUUUGGGUAAUAUAUGCUUGCUAGAUGGAUCUUGGACAUCUUCUGCUCACUUUAGCGGAUGCGGCUGGGUAUGGAUGGACAGUGUUGGGAAUAUUCAACUUAUGGGAACAAAGAAUUUCACUCGACGUGAAUCAGCUUUGCAUUCGGAAGUAGAAGCACUGCGACUGCAAGGAGCUGAUUGCAAUGUUAAAGGACCCUCAAGAUUGGCCAAGCUUUGCGACAGAAUUGGAGAGAAUAGAGACAUUACAGAUAUGCUUUCCGGACUUCAGCAUCAUUCAUGUUCCACGGGCGCGCAAUCAGAUUUCAGAUUUUUUAGCUAA